AUGCAAACUAGGGCUAGAUGUGGCAUUCACAAACCUAACCCUCGGUAUGCAAACCUGCAUCACAUUGUUCCUAUACCUAGUGAACCAAAGUCAGUUAAAUCUGCACUGAAACAUUCUGGUUGGUCUGCUGCCAUGAAAGAGGAACUUGAUGCACUUGCCAAGAACAAUACUUGGAAAUUGGUUCCCAAACCUGAGGGUGUGAAUGUAAUAGGUUGCAAGUGGGUUUAUAAAGCCAAGCUCAAGGCUGACAGUACUCUUGAGAGACUUAAAGCCAGACUAGUUGCUAAAGGUUUUAGUCAAGUUGAUGGAGUGGAUUUUUUAGAAACUUUUUCAUCAGUUGUGAAACCUGCAAGUAUUAGAACUGUCCUCACUCUUGCCACUAUUAAACACUGGGAACUUCACCAAUUAGAUGUUAAGAAUGCUUUUUUACAUGGUUUUCUUAACACCCCUAUUUACAUGUAA